UGGCUACGGACGUUACGUUUGGGUCGGCCAGCUGCAAGGUGUGAACACGAAAAGUUGGAUGUUUGUUCAUUAAAUAUACCUUUAAAAUUUCCAAGAUAUGAGAUUCAAGGCUGCUCCGGUGAUCAAUUGAGGAAUGAACAAACAUGUUAUUUCCUGGUAUUUUGUGUAUAAUUUCUAUUCUUACGUCAGGGAGCUGUGGUAAUCCAGACGCCAAAAGACUCUAUGAUGACUUGCUAUCCAAUUAUAAUAAGCUAGUACGACCAGUUGUAAAUGUUAGUGACGCACUUUCUGUGAAAAUUAAGCUCAAAUUAUCACAACUCAUUGAUGUGAACCUAAAAAAUCAAAUAAUGACCACAAACGUCUGGGUUGAACAGUCGUGGUAUGACUAUAAACUCAAAUGGAAUCCGACCGAUUAUGGAAACGUGGAUAUGCUCCACGUCCCCUCGGACAAUAUAUGGAGACCUGACAUUGUUUUAUACAAUAAUGCUGAUGGAAACUUUGAAGUGACGCUCGCCACUAAAGCCACCCUUAACUUUACCGGAAGGGUAGAAUGGAAGCCUCCGGCAAUUUAUAAAUCCUCUUGCGAAAUCGAUGUUGAGUACUUUCCGUUCGACGAACAAACUUGCGUCAUGAAGUUUGGUUCGUGGACUUAUGAUGGAUUUCAAGUAGACCUUCGUCAUAUUGACGAAUCAAAGGGAUCGACAACUGUAGAUAUUGGUAUUGAUUUAACCGAAUUUUAUACAUCGGUUGAAUGGGAUAUACUAGAAGUUCCAGCAAUAAGGAGCGAAAAGUUUUAUACAUGUUGUGAUGAACCAUAUCUCGACAUCACUUUUAAUAUAACAAUGAGACGGAAAACCCUGUUUUACACUGUAAAUCUCAUAAUUCCGUGCAUGGGUAUUUCGUUCCUCACAAUUUUAGUGUUCUAUUUACCUUCUGAUAGUGGGGAAAAAGUCAGCCUUUCGAUAUCAAUUUUACUAUCGUUGACUGUAUUUUUCUUGCUACUGGCUGAAAUUAUUCCUCCAACAUCAUUAGUGGUGCCACUUUUAGGAAAAUUCGUCCUAUUUACAAUGAUUUUAGAUACAUUUAGUAUUUGCGUCACAGUUAUAGUUUUAAAUGUACAUUUUCGUUGUCCACAAACUCACGUGAUGUCUCCGUGGGUGAGAAGAGUUUUUAUUCACAUUCUACCACGUUUAUUGGUAAUGAGACGACCACAUUAUAUGAUAGAUAGAAAAAGUUAUAACCCCACACAAGAAAUACUGGUGCAAAGCUGCAAUGGAUUAAGAAAGACCAAACUUCAUUACGAUUCUGGAAUCCUGGACCAAGAAGCAAUGUCUACUGCAAGUAUCUGUGAUAAAUUAGCCAACAGAGAACCUGAAGCAGCAAGAUUAUUAUCUUGCCGUGUGCAUGGCACUACGUCUCCUGUCGUGCGCCUUUCUUCCGAGGAUGAAUACGAGGCCAUGUUUGAUCCACUUUUAAUUAGUGACUUAGCCUGGCAUCAAUGUCCAGAAGUUCAUAAAGCAAUAGAUGGUGUACGUUUUAUUGCUGAUCACAUUAAAAGGGAAGAAGAUUCAAUUAAAGUGAAAGAAGAUUGGAAAUACGUAGCAAUGGUACUAGACAGACUAUUUCUUUGGAUUUUUACUCUAGCGGUUUUGGUUGGCACAGCUGGAAUUAUUUUGCAGGCUCCUACAUUAUACGACGAUAGAAGACCGAUAGAUAUGCGCAUAUCAGAAAUCGCCUCCAGCACAGUCAAACCUUACAUUUCUUCUGCACUGUAGAAAGUCAUCUUUUGUACUUUUAAUUACUUUAGAAUUAAACAACUCUAAACCAGAACUUUAUUAUGUUUGAUUUAUGAAAAGUAACUUUUCGAAGGGAAAAUGAAACUCGAGAAUAUUUUCAUAAAUAAUAUUUAUAUAUUAGCCAAUUUGAGUGUUACAAUAGGACUUUCUUAACACUAAUAUAAUAUGUAUCUAUUGAAUCCAUUCAACAUUAUGUUAGGGGGAAAUGGGAAGGGGGAAUAUUUCUAGGUAUAGAAUGAAUUAGAGCAUAUUUUUAACCCUGAGGAAUAUUUUUAACAACUUCAAGAGUCCAGCAUAAUGAGAACAGUUAAGAGUAAGUUGAGGUAAGAAUUAUGGAAAUCUUCAGUUGUUUAGUCUUAUAGUUGGCAGUUUUCUGUGAUUUUUUCAAUGAUUGAUAAGUUGUUUGUAUAAAGAUUUCAUGCUGGAACCAUUUUUUAGUAUUGUCAUUACAUCGAUUUAUAAAUAUUUUUCUCAUUUAUUUUUACGAUACUCAUUGGUUCUUAAUACAUAUACCUACCUACUUAAUUUCUUAUUUUUAAUUUUUUGUAUACAUUGGCGUAAGGUAAACCUUCAAAAAUAUCUCAUACAGUAUUUGAUUAAUAAUUAUAUUUUUGCUUUAAAUCUAAACUAUGUUUCACCCCUUGAACAGGUUUUUAAAAGAACAUACCUAGGUAGAUUACAAUAGACUAGAAAAUGAGGUUAAAAAUAAAAUCCUCCGUUAAUUUUCUGUUAGUUCAUUCAGGUGCAAAAUAAACAGGCCAAAUAAUAUGUAAUUAUAAGUCUCCCAUUCAAUUCUAUUGUCAUUUAAAUAGAAUUUGACUUUAGUGUGGUCGUUGAAACUUCACGACUCCGAUCGUGGUUUUGAUUUUGGGAAAAAUUUCAAGGCAUUGUACCCGUAUUUCGUAUUAUCCAAUUAUCUAUUUAAGUUUUCUUGUAGAACGCUUCUGGAUCCAGAAUGUGUAGAAACUUUAUCCUGAAAUAGGACCAUUUUUGAUAUACGACGGUUUAGUGAUUUCGAACACGUCUUUCUGAAACUGUAACCGAUUAUUUUGCUUUCGACUCACCCUGAUACAUAGCUCGUGCAUUAGAAGUUUUCCAGUUUGCAGGAGAAUUAGUAGAGAUAACAUCUAAUCCACCUGCCAUAGCUAAUGCACGGUCUACGUUAAUCACCCUGUAUAUUAAUUUUCUAAGACUUUAUACCUUAAAAUCUAAACAUAUAAAAUGUCUACUUAAUUAUAUCAGUCUUACGUAAAAUAAAAUAUUAUUAAAUAGGAACAGCAAAGUAUAAUCAUAAUGCGUUUACGUUUUAAAAGCUUAAUAAUUAAGGAGAAUACUAUCUAAUAAUAUCUAAGAAUUUUAAUUUUAAAUUCAAAGAUUUACUUAUUGUAUUUAAAAUCAAUGAUAAAAACAACAAAGCCUAAUAAGCAGGAGCACAAUAUUUUGGCACAUGUUCAUUAGUUUAUUUCUGCCAAAUUAAUUACUACAGUUUUUUUCUUGGAAGAAAAUAGACAUCUUAUUUUUAAACAGAAGACUCGUCAACAACAGUAAUAACUUUAUUACUAGAAAACAUAUUCCAUCUACUUGGUUUCGGGCCACUAUUUUGGUCUCCUGCUUCUUUGUUUCGUUCAUUUUCUUGUUGUUCUUGUUCUCUAUUCUGGAGGAACCCAGCCAA